UUCCUCACUCCAACACACAAGUUUUACUCUCGCACAUAAACACUUUGCAAAAGAAACCUUCUAUCCUUUAUCGAUUGAGAAAGAAACCUUCUUUUGCUUUGCUGCUACAAUGGCAAGACCGCAACAGCGAUACCGAGGCGUCCGACAACGGCAUUGGGGCUCUUGGGUGUCUGAGAUUCGCCACCCUUUACUAAAGACUAGAAUUUGGCUGGGAACAUUUGAGACAGCUGAAGACGCAGCCAAGGCUUAUGAUGAAGCUGCCAGGCUUAUGUGCGGACCAAGAGCCAGGACCAAUUUCCUUUACAACCCAAAUGCCUCUCAGUCCUCUGCCUCAAAGCUUCUCUCUCAAACUUUGACGGCUAAGCUACACAGGUGCUACAUGGCUUCACUCCAAAUGACCAAAUCAACCUCACUCAAGCAGCCCAGCAAGCCCCAGCUUGCCUUUGCUGACACAAAAAAUGUUGGCAUUAUUGAGAAUGAGAGACCGAGCAUCGAAAUGCUAGAGGAAAAACCAGCGGUGGCAGCCGAGCCUAAAAAAGAACAAGAACAAAAGCCAGAUUGGGGAUUUGUGACCAAGAUUAAAGUGGAGAGCACCCAAGAUGAAGAACCCAUAGAGCCUCUUGAAGAUGACCACAUUGAGCAGAUGAUUGAAGAGUUGCUCCAUUAUGGUUCCAUUGAACUAUGCUCUGUUGUGACAACACCACAAACACCUCAGGCAUCUCUAAUUUAAUUCCCAGAAACCUCAUUCAACCUCAGCCAAUUAGUAUUUAAGUAUCCUAUUUCUUUCUUUGCUAAUGCAAACACAUUUAGCAGAGUUAACCCCAAUUCUCUUCAGCUCUAUAACUCUAUUAGCUAAGAUCCCCUUCAGUCAGUUAGGACUUGCUAGCUAGCUCCUGACUCCUGAGUAACCCAUUUUGAUGAUGGCAUCAUGCUGUUGCUAUAUGUAUAUUGUUUAUUUAGUCUAUUCGUAUGAUAUUAUUACCUAAGAAGCACGGAAGCUUGCCUGCAGUCGCGCUUCGCGCUUCAGAAGCGGAAGCGAAGCGGAAGCGCGCCGGAAGCGGACGGAAGCGGCCGGAAGCGCGAUUCCGAGAAAAAGGUGGUUUGGAAGCGAUAUGGAAGCGCGAGCUUCCAAAUUGGAAGCGUCAAAUAGGCCGGAAGGAAGCGUGGGCAAUUUUGUAAUAUUGAUUAAAACCUAAUUUCUCUCUUACCUC